AACACGGCUGGUCGCACCUUGCGCUGAUAGUCAUUCCGCCAUCGCUUUUUACGCUGGUCACAUAUUGUAUUGUUUUUAGAUUGCCAUUUACUUGCACAUGGUGAUGUGACGUGACCUUUGAAAAAUUUGAGACUAGACGAAAAGUGUAUUGUGUAGUGACUCAUCGAACUUUGGAUUACUGCAACAACAGGUCAUAAUGUGGUGGCUAUUGCUGGUGGCCGUCGUCGGCAGCGCGCACGGUCAGCUCACAGCACAGACCAGCGUGGCUCCAGAACUCAGGGAGUGCUACACCAACCCUACCCUCAACCGGAACAACCUGCCCCCCGCCACGAUCGGCGUGCUCGUCGACAUCAUACAGAAGAUAGAAGACAACCCUAAUGUUAACAUGGACCUUAGGCAGAUUGCGACUACGUUAUUACAUACGUACAGACAAGAUGGCACAGAGUAUCACCAGCCGGACUCCAACUUGCUUAAUUCCGCCAACAUCCUGCCGUGGGCGGCUACAUUCCAUUCCUUUUAUCGUCAUAAGUUACUUUUGACGAGGCUGAUUCCCAACAAUCUCCAAGUAUUUGAAAACAUUACCCUCUCUUCACCGCUAAAGUGCGCCAUGCAUGCCAUGCUCUCCACAUCGGUCGAUGCAAGGCUUCAUGGAAAUGGAAAUUGUAAUGAGUUCUCUCAGUAUCGUGCUUUAAGGACAGCACGUCAGGUUCCCGAUGACAUCAAUGAAGAUGUCGAAAUUAUAGAUCCUGCUUUACUAAAUACUAAGAAUAAGAUUGGACAAAUGAGACAUUACAAUCCAAAGAACGAUGUCGAGUACAACGACUUCAGCGGCAGCAAAUCUGAACGUCAGCUACUAGGAGAGAGCUUGUGUCCUAUACUCAGUGGUGUAGUUAAGACUACCUGGGGAGAAGUUUCUGCUGGAAACCUGGUGGCAGGAAUUGCCGCUGGUUCGGAGGCACAACGUGUCCCGACUCAAGAAUUAUCAAAGGGAUCCGUCCUUAACUACCCCAAUGCCCGACCAACUGUUUCAUCGAUAUACGCAGCAACAUUAUCAGGCGACCUAGCUGAGGCAGUUUUGAUCCAAGGUACCGAGAGAGGCAGUGCCUCAAUUUCUAUUGGAGCAACUGGCUACUGGAACAGUACGCAGGCAUCCAAAUACUACAUGCUGCGUUCUCGUUUGAACAUCGAAAUGACAGAUCCCGAAAUCCGUGGCGAUAUAGACGGUUUUGUUUUGGGCCUUAAUUUGAACACGCACCUCGGAACAUUCAAUUCUUUGAAACUGUCACAAUUAAUCGACAUGUACUACUCGAGAAACGGAGUCUUCAAUCAUGACUUUAGAGCAUGCAAUCGUCGAUCACUAAUGCAGCAGUACAUCACAGCAGAGAACUUAAUAACGGAAACAUACACGUUCGCAGCAGCUUUAGAUACACAGAUGCCUUUGAGAGGAACUAUUACGGGAGGAUUCGAUGAGUUGGUCAUCAGCGCCGUUACCAACUUCCAGAGUUAUGCCUCGUCUACCAUGAAUGACCUGAACUGUGCCAGCACCGACACCGUUGCAUCAAGCCAUAACUAUCAUCUAAAGACAAACCUUUAUCUGGUACUCGAUGCUGCUUGGCAGUAUGAGGUCAUCUACCCAGCAGUGUCUUACCUCUUGGAUUCCAUAGAAGUCGGCAAAUUCGGCUCCAGUGUGACACUACUGAAUGCAUUUGACGGUCAAGUUGUGAUCAACACGACUUGGUCUUUAGCAGACUUCCAUUCAGAGUACACUCUUGCCAAACACCAAUCAAUGUUUACAGGGGUGAACCUGCAGAAUACAUUCACAAAUAUCCGUACUUAUAUGCAAAAUAAUAUGGAAAAUGAAACACUUCGCAAUUACGUUGGUGGCAACUCGUCGGUACUUCUGUUCCUGUUGAACAGCGGAAACCUGCAGAACAAUGACUUGGUUUGGGACCAAGCACGUAUUUUGAACGAAACUGUGCCUGACUUGAGGAUUCUAUUCACAACUUCGACGAACCAAAUCGAUAACCUGUGGAACUUGGUCCGCGAUAUGCACCAGGAUAUCCACACAAUUUCGUUGACAAGCACUGUUAACCACAUUGAAGCUUUUGCUCCUACGCUAAAUCGUAUUCAACAGGUCGGUAGAAGAAUAAUUAAUCCUCUCUGCGGAGCAAGGUUCCCCAGCGACGUGAACUCGGGCAGCAGAAGUUUCGACGACUACGUGGAGCCUGGCUACAUCAACUACUACUCCAUUCAUCCUAACUAUUUCUAUACUGACGAUGAGAACAGACGGAUUCGCAUUGCUAGAACUGGUGCUGGCGCGGGAAGCCUCGUUGUUUGCCACUCGAGGACUGUUACUCAACCGAGACAAAACGGCACAUCAAUAGGGCUAGAUGAAAACGCCAUCACGUGCCAAACCAUCGCCAACACCGGCAACGUGGAGAUUCCCAUGCGGAACCUUUGCGACAGCUACUAUACCAUCAACUCCUGCCCGAACCUCUACGUUUCCGUCCAGUCCCUCACCACCAGCGUUUCUUCCUUCACUGCCACUUGCACAGAAGCAGCAUGUAGAUUCCCAUACAACGUGAGGUAUUCCGUCCAGAUUGAAAGCUUCGGCUGCUACAGUAGUUCAACCAGCAUCGCCGCAAGCCUCUUGGUGGUAAUUUCUGCCCUCGUCAUCAAUUUGUUCCAAUCAUCUUAAACCCACAUUUGUAUUCGUAUUAGUUUUAUUGAGUGUAAUAUAUUUUGAACUAACAUGUUAAUUAUAUAUUAGAUUAGGUAAGUGAAUUUAAGUUUAUAUUUAUUAGUCGUCUUAGCUGCCAUAUUUGUUCGCUUUGAGCAAUAAUAAUCGCAAUUUUCAACUAGUCGUUUGGCUACUAACUCCCAUCCCACCUUAGAGUUGUAUUUAUAAUGUACAUUGUGACAAUAGGUUUAGUUUUAUAUUGAACUGCCUAUAAUAAUACGUAAAAAUUGUGUAAUUCAUAAUAAUAUUUGUUAUUUGUUAGCUUACUAUAUCAAUAAGGAUCGUUUAUUCAACAGGGUAGCAAAACGUGUGAAUAAAAUACAUAAAAUGUACUAAAUAGCAGAUAAAAAAUAUUAACUAUUUAUUUCAUAUAAACCUCUGUUUUUAUACAAAAAUAAAUUGUUUUUAGUAAA